AUGGCUACCAUUCCCGAAGGUGCAGCUGCUCACCUUCUAUCCGCAGAACCGACGCGUGACUCCAGCUACGAUGACUUCACAUUCAUGCCUUUCCUACGCAAGAGUUUCGGCUUCGGACUCGCCAGCGAUGUACCCGUCUGCAAAGCCUACAGCGAGGGACACUGCCCCUUGGGGCCUGCGUGCCCAGAUCGCCAUCCUACCCCGUCACGCGUCACGACCUCUACCACCACAGCAUCCGGAAUGGCACCGUCAACAACACAUGGGUCACUGGUUUGCAAACAUUUCCUGAAGGGCCUGUGUAAGAAAGGCCUGAAAUGCGAAUAUCUUCACGAAUACAACUUGCGACGGAUGCCGGAAUGUCAAUCUUUCUCGCGAUCUGGAUACUGCACCAACGGCGACGACUGUCUAUACCAACAUGUCCGCGAGGAGGCACGCUUGCCACCAUGUGAACACUACGACCGCGGAUACUGUGAGCUUGGGCCUCUUUGCGCGAAGCGCCAUGUGCGUCGACGCCUGUGUGUCUUCUAUCUAGCUGGUUUCUGUCCGGAUGGAAAAGGUUGCGCAAAUGCUCACCCCCGGUGGACGGAAAACCUACCGCGGCCUACAAUGCGCACUGAGAAGACCGAGGAAGAGUUGGAGCACGAGCGUACCCUCAUUCGGGAGGAACAAGAAAGAGAAAAGGAGCGUGAGAGAGAAUGGAGGAACGAGCGUGGACGAGGCGGUGGGUUUGGACGCGGUCGCUUCCGCGGGCGUGGGAGGGGAUAA